AUAGAGUCUCUACAUCAGACGUCCGAUUACAACACACAAGUGAACCUCUCCAAAAAUGCGAAAUUGGAUUUGAUUUGGUGGAUAACCAAUCUACCAUCGCUGAGGGGAAGUCCCAUUCUGCCUCUAACUGCCGAUCUAACAAUCUCAUCAGAUGCUUCCAAAAUAGGCUGGGGAGCAUCCUGGGGGAAAUUUCGGACCGGAGGACGGUGGAAUACCCACGAUUCCCAGGAUCACAUAAACAUCCUGGAAAUCAAGGUAGCCUUCUUUGCCCUGAAGUCGUUCGCGAAGGAUCAGAUCAACAAGGUGAUUGGUCUGAAGAUAGACAAUUCGACUGCAGUAGCAUAUCUGAACAACAAAGGAGGGACCCACUUCCAUCAGUUACUGCAGCUAACAUUGGAGAUAUGGAAUUAGUGCGAGACAAAACGCCUUUUUUAGCUCAACAUGUUCCGGGAAAGAACAAUGUUGUUGCGGACGAAGAAUCGCGCAAAAUGAGGGACCACAACGACUGGAAAAUCGAUUCGACAGUCAUCAGGCAAUUCAUCAAGAAGUGCCAGAUAGACCUCUUUGCUUCCCGCCUGACUCGUCAGCUGAACCGUUACGUCAGCUGGCGACCAGAUCCGGGUGCGAUCCAUGUGGAUGCGUUCACCAUGAACUGGACGAACUUAAAUGC